AUGCCAGAAAUACCAUCUGUCGUGCUACCUGAUGAAGAUGUGAGAAUUAUUUGUCAUCACGAAGAAUGGGAUCGUGUAUAUCCAGAAUUAUUGAAAGAAUUAGAAAAGUUCAGUGUAUGUGGUCUUGACACUGAAUGGGUGACAAAAGAUAAAGUAAGACAACCAAUUGCUUUGUUGCAGUUAGCAGUUAAAAGUGGUCUCUGUAUUCUGAUUCGACUCAAUAUGAUGGCUAAACCAAUACCUGAAUCAAUGCAAGAACUGUUGGCAAAUCCAAGUAUCCUGAAAGUUGGAGUAUCUAUCAGUGAAGAUUCCAAGAAGUUGUUAUCUGAUCAUGGAUUAGUAGUGAGAGGAUUUUUAGAUCUUCGUAAUGUUGUUGACCGAGUUGGACGAGUCUAUUCUUGCCAGCCUGGAGGCUUGAAAUUUCUUGCAAAAGAAGUUUUAGGUAUCGAUCUGCCCAAGGAUCCCAAGGACCAGUGUAGUGAUUGGGAAGCAAUAAAUCUUUUGCAAACUCAGGUGUCUUAUGCAGCUCGAGAUGUUUUGGUGGGUGUGCUAAUAUUUUUGCAACUGACUAUGACCAAAAUUAAAGUACAGAAUAAUCGACUUUUGCUCAGUUUCUCUGUUCAGAAUACCACCACUAGUGACCAAUAUUCUGAAGAAAUUCUUCAACAAACGGCUAUUGCCAUAUCUCAGGGAAUUGUUAAUUGUAAUUACAAUGACAUUCAAGGUUGGCGGGAAAAAAGUCCUGGUAAAAAGGUUUCUUCUACAAGUGGGAAACCGCCAAAGAAAGACAUUUUUCGUGCUUAUUCUCUGCGUAGAAGUCCUCUCUAUGACAACUGCCAGCUUCUUGCACCUGAUUAUCAAAUGCUUUGCACUUGUGAUACUCGCAAAGCACAAUGGUACCUGGACAAGCAACUUGCAGAAAUGGUCAGUGAAAAUCCACUUAUAAUACGGUUGAAAUUUGAACCCUCAGGAAGACCAGAAAGUCCAGAGAAUUAUUACCUUCAAGAAAAGGACAAUAUUUGUGUUGUAUGUGGGAAACCUGAAGAUUAUUUACGAAAAAAUGUCAUUCCUCAUGAAUACCGAAAGUAUUUUCCUUCUGUGAUGAAAGAUCAUGUGUCACAUGAUAUUCUUUUGAUGUGUCCUCCCUGUCACCAAAAAGCUUGCAACUAUGACAUCAGCUUGCGUCGACAAUUAGCCUUAGAAUGUGAUGCAUCAUUGACAGGAGGUUCUUGCACCAAAUCAAGUGUCAAUCAUAAAUUGGCCAAAAUACGAUCAGCUGCAAAAGCCUUGGUUACAAGCAAACAUAAAAUUCCAGCAGCGAGAAAAGAAGAACUAGAAUCCUUUCUUAAAGAGAAUCUUCAAGUUGAAGAAUUAACAGAUGAAAGUCUUCGCAACUGCAUUAAUAUGGAAGUACGAGUCUAUAAUCCUGACUAUACACCUCAUGGUCAAAUUGUUGUGGAAUAUAUGAAAAAACAUAAUAGAUUGUUGGAUUUUCAAAGAAGAUGGCGGACUCAUUUCCUGGAAACUAUGAAACCCAAGUUUCUCCCUGCAAAAUGGUCAGUAGACCAUAACCAUGAUCGUUUGGUUAAAUUCCUGCAAGAAGAAGAUGAAAAGACACAGAUAUCUUAA